UAAAUCUACAACAACCUCUUCUCUUCUGCAGAGAACCCGCAACCCCACCCUUUCCUCUUCCCGAGUGACCAAAGCUGCCACCGUCCUUCCAGCGAAUAAUAAUAGCGAGUACAAGCGCAAACUAAGCAAAGGACAAGCAAACUACCGCCACCACCAUUAGCGAUGUCGUUUGACCGUCUCCCCUCCCUCGAGGCGCAGCCAACAACCUCCCGCGCGACGGGCUACUCCGACAGCCCAGAGUUCGACCGUUUGACGACCCAGUUAUCCUCGCAACUGUUCACCUUGACGAGUAACAUCUCAACCUUGAACCGAGAACUGGGUCUCGUGGGCACGAAGCGGGAUAGCGAGGCUCUCAGGGAGAGGGUCAAAAAGCUUCUUAAUGAGACGAGGGCGGGCUUUAAGAGUGUUGGGGAGGGGGUUAAGAAGGUCCAGGAUUGGCCGGAUGUCUCUGUGAGUGCAUUAUAUACCCUUUGAAGGGAAGGGGGGAGGAUUUGGGCGAUAAUGCUAAUAGCGCUGGAUGUGAUGGUAGCCGAGCCAGCGCUUUGUUCAGCAGAAACUCUCGCGGGAGAUGUCUUCUACGCUUGCGGAUUUCCAGACCAUCCAGCGACUAUCUGCGGAGAAGACUCGAGAUUACGUCACUGCCGCCCGCCAAGCGCAGCAUCUCUCUCAUGACGAGGGCGUCCCGGCAGACGAUCUAGCAUACUCCUCCUCCAAGUCUGGAGGCCAGCAGCAGGUCCAGGUUCCGCUGGUCCAGCAACAACUCGCGCUGGCAGAGCAGAGCGAGGUGGACUUUCAGGAGAGCUUGAUCGUCGAGAGGGAAGAGGAGAUUCGAGGGAUAGAGCAAGGGAUUACGGAACUUAAUGAGAUAUUUAGGGAUUUGGGGACUAUGGUCAAUCAACAGGGCGAAAUGAUCGAUGACAUUGAGGUUUAUGUGGGGAAUACGGCUACUAGUACUAAAGCUGCGUGAGUGCUUUCUUGUCUGAGCUUCAUUUUUUUUUUUCUUCAUUGGGGAGUUGCUAACUUGUACACGGCGUGCAGAGAUCAGGAAUUGAGGCAGGCAGCGAGGUAUCAGAAGGGCGCGAGGAAUAAGGCCUGUUGUUUGCUGCUGAUUCUGUCCAUUAUUCUGACCGUUGUGCUGUUGGCGGUACGCUCUCCCCCCCCCCAACAUCCUCCCCACCACAUACCCAGCGAGCUAACGUGUGACCAGAUUUUCCUUGGUUGAUUCGAUACUAUCCAUCUCCUACCAUCCUCAAACUAUUUCCUCCUCCUCCUCUCUCUACCUCACAUAUCCUUCAAUUCCUGGGUCGGAACUUGUGCGCCGGUAUUCCUGUCGACUGUGGUUCCUUUCUCUCUUGCUUGUAGUUGGGUCAUGGAUUAUCUGGAAACGAUCGAUUUUACUCUACUAAGCUAGUACCAUACCGUGCUUGGUGCCGCGUUCUUUCGCUCAUUCACCUCUCUUUUUUUCUUUUUCUUUCUUUUUUCUUUGUCGUCGUCGUCCCCAAAUGUUGAAUAAGUUUCCCAUACAAAAGAGUCACGUCAG